AUAUUUUUUUUUUACAUGUGUUUUCAUUUCGUGAACUCAUGAACAAGAAAAGUGUGAAUCUGUGAUUUGAUUGUGAGAGAGAAGAAUGGAAUUCUUAGACGAAGACGCGAAACCGAAGUUCCUGUAUCAGUCCGGUGCACCGGCGGCCACUGAAUCACAGCCUUACCAGAAACCAACGAAAUCGUUCAUCGCUGUAACCUUUUCAAUCUCUUCAAUCUUCUUCGGUCUCGCUUUCUUCGUGUUCCAAUCUGAGCCGCUCAAAUCGAUUUUCAUCUGGUUUGCAUUGUCUCUCCUCCUUGGUCCUUUCGCUCCAAUCUCUAUCACCGGCGGCGAUUCCCGUGUCGGCCGUGGUCAUGCCGUCAAUUUCCCCGAUCAGGAAACAUCAACCGAUGAGGAUGAUUCCAGGAAAAAAUCUCAGCAGCGCAGAUCCAAGCAACGCAGAUCGGACGAUGUCACCGCUGUAGUAGCUCCGGCGCCGGUGGUUUCGUUGAAGAAUCGAAAUGGAAAUGGAAACGGUGUUGCAUUGGCGGCGGUGGUGGAAGAGGAGAAGGAAUGGAACGAAGACGACAUUGAGAUUCUGAAGAAACAGAUGGUGAAAAAUCCACCGGGGAAACCAGGACGGUGGGAGGCGAUAGCGGAGGCAUUCGGAGGGCGGCACAAGGCGGAGAGUGUGGUGAAGAAAUCAAAGGAGUUGGGAGAGAAGAAGGUUGAUGAUUCGGAUUCGUAUGAGCAGUUUCUGAAGAAGAGAAAAGCGUUGGAUAAGAGACUUGUUGAAGAAGGAGGAGAUUUAGCUACGGUUGAGAAAGUUGAAAGUGUUUGGAGUUCAAAUGAGGAUAUUGCUUUGUUGAAUGCUUUGAAAGCCUUUCCGAAAGAUGUUGCUAUGAGAUGGGAGAAAGUUGCUGCUGCUGUUCCGGGGAAAUCAAAAGCUGCUUGUAUGAAAAGAAUUGCUGAAUUGAAGAAAGGGUUUCGGACUUCGAAAUCUGGUUCUGAAGUUUAGAUUCAAAUAUGUUAUCUUGGUAUAUGGAUUGAUACUUGUAACACAUGAGGAUUUUUGUUUUUUGUAUUCUACUUACCUGAUAAAUUUGUUCUGAUGAGUUAUUAUUCUUUGCUUGUUAUUUUAGGAUUAGGAAGCUCUUUUUCUCAUCCAGCUAACAUGCCAAAUCUAUCUGUGUAACUUCAUUGAAUAAAUAGAAUGAAAAGAUGAUGUAUUCAGUUUUUUGUUAUAGUGAAAUAGAUGUUUACUUAAUCCA